UUUCAGGAUGGCUCAACAUCGAUGACUUAACCAGAAAACCUACCCCAUCUUCUCAGCUAGCAGUGGUUCAUUGAAUUUACUAUGAUAUGAACUUAAACUAUUGUAACUGUUGUUAUUUCUAUACACCAUGGCAGAGCUAGUAAAUAGCAGAGUCUUAGACGAGUCGAAAAUCGAAGAUGACGAUAUGGUUGACAUUGUCUUCAAACUAACUAACUUUGCUGAUGAAACCAGCACUCCUGUUCGAAAAACACAGAAGAUGAAUCAAUCUAAUCUGCAAUCUUCUGUGAGGACACCGGAGUCAUCAACUGGUCAAAAGCGACAAUUAUCCUUAGAUCAGAAUGAUCCGUCAAAUCAGUCAGAAUUUGUUAGAACUCGGGAGACUUCAAACCAAGUUUAUCAACAGUCAAACCAUAAUACUACAUCCCAAAUUCAGAAAACAGUUCAAAUUUCUACCACUAAAACAGUGACUUUAUCGAAGGAAUCAUAUUCAAAUGUACAAAAUGAUUCUGGUCAAUCUCAUAGGCCACCACGAAAAAAGAAGACCAGGUCUAAAUCAGAUUUGGGCCUUUUUAAUUUUAAGAUGUUUAAGCAGCAAGGUAGUCAGGUAACCUCAGAUGUUCGGCAGUCAGGAGAUGGAACUGAUAGGCCUGACCCACCUGUCAGCCAAGUCGAAGGAAAGGUUGAAACCGUUAACCCCAGAAAAUGUUUUGUUCACUAUGAUUCCCAGAGUGUUCUUGCAGACUUCAGCGACGCCAGUAUUUGCACUACAUCCAAUAACUUUGCCAAUCUGAAGUCUGGGGCUGCAACUGCAAACAUCGAAGACUGUAUAGAAUCUGAUCCAGACAGUCUCUUGUUACAAACACCUAACUUCAUCAAUGAACUUUAUGAAGAACCCAAAGUUAAAAGUUGUGGCGCAGGGAGCAGUACGUAUUACAAAAACUGCCCCAAAUAUCAAGUGGUCAUGUUCGAAGGGCCACCUGCUAAUCGCCAAUUUAAUGGCCCAAGUAACCGGGAUAAGCUCCUCGCUGGGAUUAAUCUUAGUGAUUUCACGAUAGAUAGACGUUUCCUCAACUUUGAGCACAUGGAUCAUGGGGCCAACUACUAUCGGAGAUUCUUCGCUGAUCACGAUCACGUGAACUAUUUUGGGAUAUCGGAGCCUCAUGGGCCGCUGGCCAUAUCAAUGCAGCGGGAGAAAACAGACUCAGCAGCUGAAAGAGGGGAAGCUAACUAUCAGUACAGAAUUAUUAUUAGAUCAGUUCAGUCCCCAACCUUGCGUGGCAGUAUCCUAGAAGAUUUCCUGCCUUGCUCCCGUGGAAGCAACAAAGUCCACUUUCGGGACAUACUGGAAUGCCUGACCCCUCAAAUAAAACAAGAAAACCUCAAAUUAGCCGAGAAUAAAGUCGCGGUGGUGGACGAACUUUUGAAAUUCGAUGAAAUAACGAUGAACGUAACGUACAAGAUAGGACUGGUAUACUGUAAAGCUGGUCAGAAAACUGAAGAGGAAAUGUACAAUAACGAUGCUGGAAGUCCUGCCUUUGACGAAUUCUUGGAGACAAUUGGAGAGAAAGUGGCAUUAAAAGGAUUUGAUUCUUUUAGAGGAGGCCUUGAUAAUAAAAGUGAUACGACAGGAACUCACUCUGUCUACACAAGAUACAACAACUGUCAAAUAAUGUUUCAUGUGGCAACUUUACUUCCUUAUACCGAAAACGACAGACAACAGGUGGUGAGAAAGAGGCACAUAGGUAACGAUAUCGUGACAGUUAUCUUCCAAGAACCUGGCUCGUCCCCCUUCACACCCGCCCACUUCCGCUCACACUACCAGCACGUGUUUAUUGUAGUUAGAGUGUCCAAUCCUAACACCCCGGAAACCACCUAUCAGAUUGCUGUUACACGAUCAGACGAGGUACCCGAGUUUGGUCCAGCUAUUCCAGAGGAGACGAUGAAGAAGGGAGCUGCCUUCAGACACUUCCUGCUGACUAAAGUGAUAAACGCCGAGAACGCAAGUUUGAAAGCCAAGAAGUUGGCCCUGAUGGCCAAACGAACUCGUGAACAGCUUCUUAAGAACUUCUGUGAGACGCUUUGUACAUCAACAACUCUCGUUCCUAACCCUAAAAAGAGCGGCAACCCAGGAAAACUGGGACGUUCUUGGUCGUUCAAAAGGAAAGCCAGGUUUGCCCAGCGCCUUGCACCUGAGCUUGUGAGUCGUGGAGCACUUAAAUGGAGUGUGUCUGUGGUGGAAGAGGGUGUGGAGAAGCCUUGUAUGAUGGCAAUUUCACCAACUCAGAUAGUCAUCAAAGAACUUAAAACUAAGACCAUGAUGUACAUGUUGCCGUGUAAGGCUGUUCUGGGUUGGACUUCCACUAUGGAUUCCCUUAAACUCUACUACGACACAGGGGAGGUGAUAGUGAUGAAGAGAGAUACCACCUCUACCCAGGAUGACAGUACGAGUGAUAUCGACGAUAUUGUCAAGAGACUGACUUGCACCAGCGACGGCUGCGAGACACAAGAGAUCCGAGUAAUAAAGAACCAGCAAGGGAAGCUCGGAUUCCACAUCCAGUUCCAGGGUAUUGUGGGGGAUGUCACAGAGAACGGACCAGCUUGGGCUGCUGGCCUCAGAUGUAGCUCCAGACUCGUAGAGGUCCGUGGCACACUGGUAGCCCACCUCGAGCACGAGCAGCUCAUCACUCACUUGAAAGGAAAAGACACGAUUGUUGUGGUUGCACUUCCUCCUUUCCCUGAUGGCCAGCCUCGAAGGAGCAUAUCGCAACUGCAGUCACCAACGGACGUGCGUCCCAAAGCAUCGAGUGUCUCAACCACUCGUCCUUCGGUAGGCUCACCAACUCCAGCUCCCACUCCUACAGCUCCCUCUUUAGCGGGAUCAGAAUCUAACGAUGUUAUCGCUCCCCUAGUUGAUAGACGCAUGACUACUCCAGAGUCAUCCUCCCGUCCGGAGUCGAGAGAAUCCAUCAACGCGCGUGCUAUGACACGUGGCAGCAUGAUAGCCCUCAACCUUCUGGAGCAGGAACUGGGGAUUGACGAUACUGAGCACAUUGACCUGGACGAGUUCCUGGAGUCCAUCGUCGGCAAGGACAAACUCAAAGAAUUGGACGAUGAGGUAAAGGAACUAGAAGCGCGGUCCACUUCCUCAUCCCGUCCGAACACCCCGUCCUACCACAACAGCCAGCAGUCCCUCAACUCUGAGGACGGACCAUUCUCUCCUGGAGCUACGCGCCACAAGAGCUUUGUUGUGUCGCCUACCUCCCCUAAACGCAGAGAGCUAACGCCGGCUUCUGAAUCAAAGGAGAAUAACGAUAUUGGUAUGCGAUUCGCUCUGGGAUCCGACAACUUGGACACAGGUAGAAAUAACUCGACAGUGGGUAAACGGUUUGCACUGAGAACAGAUACUCUGGAUUUCGGAUCCACACGAUCCAACCGAAGUGUGAUCGGGGCAGAACGUCAGAACGGACACCCACGUAGCGGGUCACGUGACUCUACCCACGAGAAGCCGGAUAUCAACGAGAUAUUCAAGAUAAUCGACAAGACCAGAUUAGAAUCAGAAGCAAACAACAGAUCCCCAACCGAUGAUAUCUCAGAAAUUGAUGCAGUUGUAAGCAUGAUUGAGAAGGUAUUGGAAAACACUGAUUCAUAUCUAAACGAGGAAUUAUCAACCCGGGGCCUGCCUAGCGAUUCCGACAAUGAUAACAACACGGUGUCAGAUGCGGCCGGUCCGCGCUCCACGGCCGCGCCCGCCUCCUCCUCUCCCUACUCCUCCACACGCUCCUCCAGAGCACGUGCAGACGAGAACACGCCGCGCAAUGGAACGUCGGGUCGACAAUCGCCUAACAGAACGAUUACUGCUAGUCCGUACUGUAAACCCAACAACCAGAAAGUGGAAAAUAUACAGCGGAAGAUGGGAGAUUAUACAGAUGAUAUAGAGAAUGCUAUCGAACAGCUCGACUCAAUCAAUCUCCAAGAUACAGCCAGAAGGAAGCCCAGUAUAUCCAGCUCCAGUCUUAGCGACGAAGCAUUUACAGCAAGUUCGGAGAGUAGCGACCAAGGUUUCCCAGCCACAUUAACUAGAAAUGGAGUUGCUCCACAAAGAACCGAGGAAUUUGUGGAAUUUGUGGCACCUUUGCCUCCGACUCGGUCGCGGACCGGUGCGGUUAGCGCCAAAUCUUCCAUCCACUAUCUCCGUGAAAAUCAACGAUAUAUCAGCCCACAAGAUGAUAACCACAACGAAGCAGACUCUGUUUUGACUAGAUCUAACAGUAAAGUACCUCACUCAAAUGUUCGACGGAACUAUUCUCUUAACGACAAAGACCGUCCUCCUCGCCCCAUUCUCAAAGCUAGACCGCAGUCAGCCCGCGUGAAUCUCGGUGGCGGCGUGAAGCACGUGGAGCGCGCGCAGCUCGUAAACUGUGACAAUUCAAACCAGAUGUUGGCGGAGCCUGAAUCUGGUGACACCUUGUCAAGUUUAGAUCGUGGGGAAAAGGGUGUUGGGGUGAGAAGAAGUGCAACUUUUUCUGGGAGGAGAAGAGUUUCUAUUGAAUUAUCUCCCCCACAGUACUCCAGAUCCAGAGCCUCCACCUCGCCUCUUCACCAAACAGACCAACUAGACCAACUAGACCAACAAGACCGAGUAGGGCGUCCUCGUGACACGUGUGAUAAAUGUACCAAGAUGCAACGUCCCGGCCUUAUUGUAACGAGGCCAAGUCGUCAUGACGUGUUGGAAACGGAAGAUGAUGACGUCAGCAAAAAGUCCAAUGUCGAGUCUGAUUCUUUGGAGGACAGUUCGCCGGACUCGAUGGAACUUGUGGGAAAUUUAUCUGGUAGACUUGUAGUAGGAGGAGCUAGAAAGAGCAAAAGUUUGGGUGACAUGUUGUCUCUAACGAGAGGGUCUCCUCAAGUAACAUCAGACAGUGUUAAUAUUAAUACGGAGAGCGAACAAAGCACCAGCGACGAUGAGUUCCCACAACGGCACUUCACAAUGCGGCGUAUGAGAAGAGAAGGAUUACUAAUGGAACAGCCAAGCGAAUCGAGCGAUCAAAGCCGAGCGAGCGAUGACAUCCCACCGUCUCCACUGCAGAUGCUGAUGGAGCGGGCCAGGGAGGCUCAACUCGAUCAAACUGCAGAAAACGACAACUCCUGGGUGAGAACGACACUCCUCCGAAUCGCCGAACUGGAGGCAGCUCUUGAACGGUCCAACUUCGAACUCCAAGCGUUACGUAAACAAAAUAGAGAGAUGGAGCAAACUUUGGAAAUAGUAGACGAGGAAAACGCCAAGAUCAGGCGGGAGAUGGACCGUACCAACUCCCAACUUGCAACCUUUACCACCUGGGUUCAGAGCAGGCAACUGCUUUGAGGUGAACGCAUACUGUUCUCCCGCGUGGAGUCUACUGAUGCGUCAAAGGAAGAAUAAUUGCAGGACCAUAAAACUUCUGCUCUUGAACGGGAUGAAAUUAGAUAUCGGUGGUUUGCUGUUAGUAACCAGAAGAGUUCGCGGAGAAGUUUGAAAAUUGUUACCGUUUAGAUUGCUACGAUUGUUCUGAGAUUUUGUGAACAAAAGUUCAAGGUGACCCGAAAGUCGAGAAUAUUCUUGGAUAACCCAAUCUUUUUUGUUUUAUUAUGAUAAAACUUUGACUUUGUACCUUGCCAAUAUAUACACUUUAUACAUGAAACUUUUGUAUGUCGCCGUUACAGUCAACGAAGUUAAAGCAUUUUUUUUUUCUAAACAAACCAAGACGACUUAAGUUUGCGCAGCUUUGUUUUAAUUUUUAUGAUGUUGAAUACCUGGUUUUACGAUAAUUUACUGUUUAAAUUGGAAAAUUGGGCGUGUCAACGUCUUUUCAAUAUCUCUUAUUGUUUUGCACACCUAAUUAAAAUAAGCUGGUAAGACGGACACCUGACUAUUUAAAGAUUGAAUUACAUAUACUCUUAAUUUCUUUUACUGAUAAAAACUGGGGUACAUCAAUUUUAGAGAUACAAUCGAUAAUUAUGUAACAUGUAUAGAUUAAAUGUAUUGAGUUACAUUAAAAUUGUCACAAAAUAUUUACUACUGAAGGAAUCGCAACGAAAGACUAAUUGGUCAUGUGUUAGUUAGACUGAAUUAAAGAAGUACUACAAACUUUUUCAUUGCCAAUAAUGUGAUUAAACCGCUCUUUUGGUAGUACACUGGGGAUCUUAACUUGUAAAAACUUAAGAUUAAACAAUAACAUCAAAUGGGGUACUAUAUAGAUCAGCACACAAUAAUCAAUAUUAACUUUUGGGGACAAAUAAUGAUUUUGUUUCAGUCUAAGAACUUGCAUGCUGUGUAUGAUAUCUCUCUGCCGUUUUGUACCGAUUUUGAUUAUAUUUAUCUAGUGUUGUAAAGUACAAUAUUGAAACGAUGUCAGGGUUCCUUGAACUUAAAUGGUAAGGACUUAACGUCGGUCGAAGUGGCUGGUUGUUAGUUUGGUGGAAACGUGGAAGGUGGAUCGAUAUAGAAAUAGAAUCAGUGACAUGGUUAAUAUUCGAAACAAUAACUUAUAACUAUGAACUUAAGCCGAUGCACUUAUAAAUUUGACAACAUUAAUUAAAACUGAAUUUUACUAUCUUUACGACAAUUUCCACCACUCUUACGGCUUACCGGUUGUUAUCUACCGAUACUGUCACUAAACGUUAUCGGCAUUACUGCACCGUUACUUAGCAUUUUGAACCGGCUGCAGUUGUGCCUUUAUCAAUAAUUUAUUUCUUUUUCUGUCAAUCAUAUAUUCAAUCUCUAUAAAUAUAAUUUCAUUGAGUUUUAUUAUAUUAGACACUACAAUAUUGAUAGCAUAUAAUUUCACUGAAAUUUAAA